CGCCGCCGGCUAGUGACUCCUACCGGUUAGUCGCGGUACAGCUGUUCCGUACGUGUGUGCGUUGAUUGUCGACCGUGCGAGUGUCGUAUCAACCGCACUUGUUCAUCAAUUUGUUCGCUUAUCGUUUAUUUUUUUACUAACAACCGUUUUCGUUGUCGUGAUAACGUCCAGUUUCCCCCCGAGAUCGAUAUCAUUGUUUGCGGUUGUGCAUUACGUUCCCGAUUGUUGCGCGGGCGGACGACAAUGCGCGCUUUCGAAUGUGCUUGAUUCGACCGCAUACAUCCGAGACGGUCACGUGUUGUUUAUUGGUAUGGAACCGACGACCGAGAAGAAAUGAAAGCCAUACCGGAGAAAACGGUUUCCCAAGACAAUGUAAACGCUGACGUUGCGAACGUCGGCGAACGCGGCGCGAUCGCGGAUUACGACGGAAGCGUGAUCGUAAUUUAUUCGUCCGCGGAAUCCGAGAACGAUGAAGUGGAGUCGGGCGAAAAGAACCGUAUCGGAAAAUUAGAGGACGGAGAGGAAGAAGAAAACGGCCAGCGGCGCAGCAAAUCCAAGAAAAAGCACAAGAAACACCAUCACAAGCACCAUCACGAUCCGUCUCAUAUACGGAAGAAGCAUAAGAAACGUAACAAACAGGUGAGUCCAAUAUUUCUAUGGGCCCAAAAAAGGGAGUCUGAAAUCGUGAAGGUGGUGUGCGAAGAUUAUGAUCCACAUAACCGCCUUAGACUGGUGAAGACCGGCGGUGUGUGGACGUCGAAACCCAGGUCCAAAGUAUUGGCAGCGGCCCAAUCACGUUCCACCGUUUGUAAUUACGAAAACGAAUCGCAAAAAGAUACCGACGAAGAGUCGGUACAAGAGUUGGAAAAACAACCAAAAGAAAAACCAAAAGAAAAGCCCGAAAAGAAGAAGAAGAAAAAACAUGGAGUGGAUGUGAAUGAAAAUUCGAUCGACUUUUCCGACAAUUCAUGCAGUGAGGAGGACGAAAAAGAACAGAGAGCUCGAAUCGAACGAGCACUUGAAAUGAUCGACCAAGAUUCUACGCUCAUUGAAGGUGUACAGACUACCUUACCCGCGGUCGAGACGGGUGAAAUUAAAUUACCGGAAGGCACGACGAUUCAUCAGGUCAAGACUGAAGAUACGAAUAAGAGGCCCAUUACCACGACCUCACCGUUAUCACCGCCGCCGACUCCUGUCAAUAGUUCCGCAGCUCAGUGCACGUAUGGUGAGUUGACCAUAAUUACACAGGAACAACUGCAAAACGAGCCAUUGAAUCUGGAAACCACAGGUAAGCGAUCCGCAUUAGAAAUACGAUUACAGGAACCGCCGCUUAAAAAGAAACGAGUUGUACAGCAACCGCAACCCGCAUUAGUCAAUGAGCCAGUGAAACCCGAAUGGGACCCAUUGGCAGAGCUCAAAGAGGUGCUUGCCGAUCCUAGUCUGGCCGUGCCCGAUCCUCUGCUAGUGCCCAGAGGUAGACUGGCCGCUUUGGUGGCCAGUCCGGCCACAGAAAUCCCCAAACUGUUACAAACGCCAACGCUAUUGCCACCGCCACCGGAUCUCGAUCUCUUCGCCGUCUCGCUGUCGCAUCUUCGGUCCAUAUUGCAACAGACACCAUGCUUCUUGGAUGAACGCAAAGCCGCGGACAGCAGUCAACAGUCAAGCAUUGAACAAAUGCUGUUAUUGUCGUACAUAUCUUCGAAGGAUAUGUCCGGCGUCGACAACGAGCUGAUAUCGAGCAUGCUGAGUUAUCUGCUACCGAACGAGGAGGCGGUGGCUUCGCAGCCGUACAGUUAUUCACAACAGAAGAACCAAUGGAACGACGUGUUCUACGGCGGUAAUUUGGCACCACCGCCGUACGGCGCAACGCCAGGCUACAACCAAACGGAUGACUGCAAUUGCGCGUCCGUAUCGCCGUUGCCCCCGUUGCCCCCGUUGCAACAGCAGCCGUCACGUCGGAUGCUGCAAAGACACCAGCAGCCUCCCCGGCCACUGCAACCGGUGCAACCGCAGCUGCAACAAACGCCGCAGGAGCAGCAAACGUCGCUGCUGCAACAGCCUCCGCCGCCAUUGCCGUCGCCGCUUCUGGUUCAGCCGACCAAACAGCAAGUUUGUCCGGAGCCUUACUGCAACGGGUUGCCGUCUCCGUGCUACGAGAGUUGUUGUUCGAAGGUCGCGGGUAGCGGUUGCAACUCCUACACUGUGAUGUCCCCGAACGGCUGUAACCCGUUCGUGGUGUCUCCGGUCCGUUGCGGUGGUCCCGUUAUGAAGACGUCUUGUCACGCGUACCCGCCGGCCGGCGCCGCUUGUUGUUUUUCCCCGGAUGUCGGCUACGGGUGCAACGAUCAGUCAUCAGCACCACCGAUGCCGCCAAAACUGCCCGCUUCGCCUCACAACCCCGGUCAAUACAACUACCAAACCGGUUUAUUGCAACCGCAGUCGUUGUCGUCGGCGGAAUGCAGCAGUGGCGGUGGCGGCGGCGGCGGAGGCGUCGGCUAUGUUGGCGGCGGUGCGGACAAUGUUGGCGGAGACCAACUGCAAUGUUCGACGAUUUCAACUGAUAAGCCACAGACGCCGCGACCGGAAGCUCGUUCGGGCGCCGAAGCCGCGGAUAAACCGUUGCAUAAACCCAAGAUCAAAGUCAAACAACAUUUAAUCGAUCCGAACACUAAACCGCGACUUUUGAACAUUCAUGGUGCCCUACACCUGGCUGGAGGUAAUCCGCAUGACCUGCUCAGUUCAUCGCUGUGGCACCCGUUAUUCGGCAGCCAAGAAAAGCGUUACGGCUGCCGGUGGCAGUGGACAACACCAGUUACUACGACCACCGCAUCAACUUCAGACACAUCCGGUAUACAUUAAACGGCAAUUUUUUAGCGGUUUAGUUGACUGGACUACACAUAAGACCUACAGUAUUUAUUUAUAUUAAUUAAUAUUGUUAUUAUUAUUUUUUAAUUGAAAAAUCCCUUUUUUAAUUUUUAUUUCUCAUUGAAAGUAAAUUUUCAUUAAAAUGUUUGAAAUUAUACCUAGGCAUAUAAGAAUAAGUUUAAAUGUAAGGAGAUAAAAAUUCAACCAUCUGACUAUGUCGGACCAGAUAGCGACCGUCGUUGUUGGGAUCGAUUAACCUUGACCUUUGCACCUUAUUAUAUUGGGUGACAAUUUUACCUGUAUUCCUGUCUUACGGUUUAGGAUCUGCUUCCUAAACUUUCCACUGUCGAACGUUGGAAUUCAUCCAACUUAAUUUAAAAAUACUAUAUUAUACAUAAUUUAAGUUUAAGGUGCUGAUUGAAAAAUUAAAAUAUGUUUUCGU